AUGGCCGAAGGCCGUUUCACCGCUCGGGGUUAUGCCACACCCAAGAACAAACCCAACAACAAUGAUGACUUGAAACCCAAGGAAAAAUCCGAGGUCGAGCUUGAGAACUUGAUCUUUGGUGAUAAUGAAGACUUGAUUGGUGAGACACUCUCGAGGGCUGGACACGAGUUGAGCAGCGACGAAGAAGGCGAUGCAUUGGAUGAGUUUGAUUACGAUGCCGAGGAAGAAGUGGAUGCGGGUGGUCAGGAUAUGUUCUUUAUGGAUACAGGACCAACACCCGUAAUGAGGGAAGAAAUUGACGAAGAUGAGCAGGAUGACAAGGAUGAGGAUGAGGAUGAGGAUAUGGACAAGGAUCAGGAGGAAUCGAACGCUUCAGAGGAUGAGGGAUCAAAUAUCGACCGACUCUCAGGAAAGCCAGCAUGGGUGGACGAGGAUGACAAGACUCUGUCGAUCUCGCUAAAAUCCGUGAACCGGUUGAAGAAGUUACGCAAGGAAGAGGCCGAAGAUAUUGUCAACGGCGUCGAUUACGAGCAGAGAUUGAGAAGACAAUUUGAAAAGGUGUACCCAGUUCCUAAUUGGGCUCUUCCAGAAGGCUCGCGGAAACGUCGUCGUCGUGGAGCAGGAGCAGGAGCAGGAUCAGAUUCUGACGAAUACUCGGACGAGGAACUGGAGCAGGAGGACAACUCGAUCUUGACGACCAGCAAGGGCUUCCUCGAGAAAUCAACGAGACUCAGGAUUAUGUCUCCGGAAUCCAUCGUUGUCACCCGCGUCAAGAACGCCAAUCAGAUGGGUUACUCUAAAUCCGUCAUCCAAUCCGUGGAGUUCCACCCUAACGGCCAAAUGCUGCUCACCGCUGGAUUCGACAGGACCUUGCGACUCUUCCAAAUCGACGGCAAGCUGAACCAGAUGAUGCAGUCGGUCUUCUAUAAGGACAUGCCGGUCUACAUGGCCGCCUUUUCAGCCUCUGGAAACGCGGUCGUGGCUUCGGGACGGCGCAAAUACUUCUAUACCUAUGACAUCGAGGCCGGGAAAGUGGAUAAGAGCGACGGUAUCUAUGGACGAAAGGAAAAGAGUCUAGAAAAGUUUUCACUCUCGCCGUGCGGUCGGUGGAUCGCCUUCAUGGGUCGAGAUGGUUACAUCAUCCUCGUCUCGAGCUCGACAAAGCAAUGGGUCAAGAACAUGAAGAUGAACGGUAACGUACGCGCCGUCGCCUGGUCCUCCGACAGCACUUACCUGUACUCUGUCGGAGGCGAUGCAGAGAUCUAUCAAUGGGAGAUCAGCUCUGGAAAAUGUCUCCACCGGUUCCUGGACGAGGGCGGAUUCAAGCCCACCUGUAUAGCGAUUUCGCCGAAUGACCAGUUCUGGGCCGUCGGAUCCAAGAGCGGCAUCGUCAACGUCUACGACCGCACUUGCUUAACGACGUACAAGCCAAAGUCCCUCCGUGCGAUCGGCAACUUGACCACGUCUAUCCAUACCAUGCGCUUCAACCACGACUCUCAGAUUUUGGCCAUCUCUUCCAAGGCCCGUAAGGACCAGCUUCGACUCGUUCAUAUCCCCUCACUCAAGGUCUUCCCGAACUGGCCCACUAGCGGUACCCCACUCUCCUAUGUCACCUGCCUGACAUUCUCACCAAGGAGCGGAUACCUCGCUAUUGGAAACGACAAGGGCAAGGUCUUGCUCUACCGAUUGAACCAUUAUCCCUCUGCAUAG